AUGGAAUUGCAUAGAGAUAAUUUUGAAUUUUUCGGAGUUUAUAAGUUUGAGCUCUUGUUUUCAUGGAUCCAUUUGCUUUCUGUUGCAAUUGGGAAUGGAAUUUUCAGUGGAAUUGUCGUUCUCCUAACGACAAGAGGAAAAAGUUCUCGCAUCUUAGAAUUCAAUGAACAGCUUUUCUUCAUUUACCUUCUUCCAACCAUAAUAUUUAAUGCUGGCACUUGGGGCAAUCUUAACAGCGUUGUGCAUAUAAUAAAUGCGCUUACGCUUACUUGUUUUGGUUCUGAUGUUGUUCUUAAACAAGAUGAGACACCUUUACUGUAUAGUCUGGUCUUUGGAGGUGGUUUGGUCAAUGAUGCUUCCUCAGUGGUACUCUUCAAUGCAAUCAAGAAACUUGACCUCUCACAUUACUUCAAUAGAUGCCAUUCUGUUAGCAGUAAGCUUCUUAGCUUUGUUCUCGAAAAGCACAUUACUGGGAAUUGCUCUAAGUCUCUCUCAAAUAAGCACCUUACAGAUUAUGAAGUUGUUUCGAUGAUUUUGAUGGCCUACCUCUCGAAUAAGAUUGCUGAACUGUUGUUUCUUAGUGGUAUUCUUAGUGUCUUCUUUUGUGGGGUUGUCAUGUCUCACUAUACAUCUUGGAAUAACGGGAAUGGCAGCUCCAAACUCAUACCACGCCAUGCUUUUGCAACAUUAUCUUUCGUGGCAGAGAUUUUCAUCUUCCUUUGUGUUGGUAUGGAUGCACUGGAUAUUGAGAAGUGGAAUGUUGUAAGAGAAAGUCAUGGGAAAUCAGUCGGAGCAAGUUUUAUACUGCUAGGUCUUGUUCUUGUUGGAAGAGCAGCUUUUUUUGCAAUUUGGUGGGCUGGACUCACGAGAGGUGCUGCAUCUGUGGCACUUGCUUAUCAUCAGGUAUAA